AAAAGAGGAAGGAAAAUAUUUAUCGAGCCCAUUUCCAUGGACCAGGACUGGGACUGCAUGAUUUUGACCUGGACGACCUUUGUUCGGGCUUACAAUAACCUUGUGAGGUGUAGGACAGAGCUGACAAUCAGGGGCCCUAGCACCCAGCAUUUCCUGGAGUGAUCACGAGUACCACCCCCAUCAGAAUAUUAUCGCCCGCCUCAUCUCAUGGUCCCAGGAAGCUGAGUGCACUGAUACAGGAAGAUGUUUUUGACUCCUCCCUGACCUUCAAGCCUAUGGGAGAGGGACUGGAAAGCAAACCGUGAUAGGUGAUAAGCCUCAGAGAGGCAAAGUCCCCCUUCCAGCCACACACACAGCCACCAUUCCUGUGGGAGGGAGAACAGGUUUGGAGCUGAGUGGGUGGUGGUCUGGGUGUUGCGGGGGAUGAGGCCCUCUCUGUGACAGCCAUCGGAUCAGAGCUGGCUCUGAGAAGUCUUGUCUUCAGAUAACCUAUUGUGUCCUGGAGGUCCCCUCCACCUGAAAGGACUUCAGCCUCUGGAGCUGCCAGCUGAGCUGAGUGGGACAAGAGCUCUGCAGGAGGGCUGUGAAGGAAAGGAGGGAACAUCGGCAACAGCCACCUGCUGCCACUCAGACUGGCAUCCUGGAGCCAAUGGGGACUCGUUUGAGGAACAGAGAAGGGCAGGGAGGGGAACAGGAGGAGCAACCCUCUGGAGAAGGAAACACUGAGACGCACAGAACCCCAGACUUCGUGCAAUGGACCCAACAUAUGGAGGCUGUGAAGAUGCAAUUGUUGGAACAAGCACAGGGACAGCUGGUGGAGUUGCUGGAUCGGGCCAUGUGGGAAGCCAUACAGUCCUGCCCACCACAAGACAGACCUCUGCCCUCCCCUCCCCCAGCUCCCUUAAGCAAGACCCAGAAGCCAUCCUUUGGGAGACGGAAAGUUUUUGUCAUCCGCAAGUCCUUGCUCGAUGAGCUGAUGGAGAUGCAGCAUUUCCGAACCAUCUACCACAUGUUCAUCGCUGGCCUGUGUGUCUUCAUCAUUAGUACCCUGGCCAUUGACUUCAUUGAUGAGGGCAGGCUGGUGCUGGAGUUCGAUCUGCUGAUCUUCAGCUUCGGACAGCUGCCCCUGGCGCUGGUGACGUGGGUCCCCAUGUUCCUGGUCACUCUGCUGGCACCUUACCAGGCCCUGCGGCUGUGGGCCAGGCCCCGGGCAGGGGGCGCCUGGAUGCUGGGGGCGGGCCUGGGCUGUGUGCUGCUGGCCGCCCACGCUGCGGUGCUCUGUGUGCUCCCAAUCUACGUGGCGGUGGAGCAUGAGCUCCCGCCGGCCUCGCGUUGCAUCCUAGUCUUUGAGCAGGUCAGGCUCCUGAUGAAAAGUUACUCCUUCCUGAGAGAGACUGUGCCUGGGACCCUUCGUGCAAGAGGAGGUGAGGGCAUCUGGGCCCCCAGUUUUUCCAGCUACCUCUACUUCCUUUUCUGUCCCACACUCAUCUACAGGGAGACUUACCCCAGGACACCCAGUGUCAGGUGGAAUUACGUGGCCAAGAACUUUGCCCAGGCCCUGGGCUGUGUGCUCUACGCCUGCUUCAUCCUGGGCCGCCUCUGUGUUCCCGUCUUUGCCAACAUGAGCCGGGAGCCCUUCAGCACACGGGCCCUGCUGCUCUCUAUCAUGCAUGCCACACUGCCCGGCAUCUUCAUGUUGCUGCUCAUCUUCUUCGCCUUCCUGCACUGCUGGCUCAAUGCUUUCGCUGAGAUGCUCCGGUUUGGAGACAGGAUGUUCUACAGGGACUGGUGGAACUCAACGUCCUUCUCCAACUACUACCGCACUUGGAACGUGGUGGUCCAUGACUGGCUGUACAGCUACGUGUAUCAGGAUGGGCUGUGGCUUCUUGGUGGUCGGGGCCGAGGGGCAGCCAUGCUGGGCGUGUUCCUGGUCUCUGCAGUGGUGCACGAGUACAUCUUCUGUUUUGUCCUGGGAUUCUUCUACCCUGUCAUGCUGAUGCUCUUCCUUGUCAUUGGGGGGCUGCUGAACUUCACCAUGAAUGACAGGCACACAGGCCCCGCAUGGAAUGUGCUGAUGUGGACCUUGCUCUUUCUGGGCCAGGGGAUCCAAGUCAGCCUGUACUGCCAGGAAUGGUAUGCACGGCGGCACUGUCCCCUGCCCCAGACAACCCUCUGGGGGCUGCUGACACCUCGAUCUUGGUCCUGCCAUACCUAGAGGUCAGUACACUUGCACCACACAGAUGGCACCAUCGAGCUCUUCUCUUCCUGCAAAGCCUGAGACUGGAGCUCUUCUCUGCAUUCUCAGACCUGGCUCUGAGUCAUGGAACUUGCAUGUAGGGUCUCACCAGGGAGUUGCAGGGGCUCAGGGUCUGUGGCCCUGGGGGCAGCUGAGCACAGACUCUGCAUGGGGGUGACUCUUCAAUACCCGUUUCCAUGAAUUGGGCACAAGUUCCUCCCAUACCCUGUGGCUCUCUAGACUUGGGGAGACUUGAGGGAACCUUACGGAUUUGGUGAAUGUGGAGAGACUCAGAGGAACAGGGGCUACCAAGAUUCGAGACAGGUUUGGUUCUUGAUUUUAUAUGCUUCCCAAAACAAUAAAUUCUUU